AUGUCUGAAGAAGAUCAGAAAAAGUUAGAAGAGCGUACAGCACGUGCAGAAAAGGAAGUUGAUGCAAUCGAGGAAGAGCUUAAUAAGAUAGCAAAGGGUGAUCUCAGUUUUAUCGGUGAUCCUCGGUUGAACAAAUUGCUGACUGAAAACGAGAAACUUAAAAAUCGUUUAGAACACCUGCAAAAUGCUGUCAAAGUUGAAAGCUGUAGUUCUAAAGUGCCAGCUGCUCGAAAACAACCAAGGGACCUCCCGACGCUAAUUACUGACAUAAAUACUGUUGAAGGAAACAUUUGUUUAGUGGAUGAACUUAAAAAUGUGUUUGAAGUUGGUAUUAGGUCUGCAUACCCUGACUUAGAGGAUCCCCCUAUUGUGAUAUCUCUCUCUGGUAACAAUCCUAAAUUUGGAGACUAUCAGUGCAACUCUGCCAUGGCUAUUUCGCAACUACUGAAGGCUAAGAAUAUAAAAACAAACCCCAGAGAGGUAGCCAAUAACAUAUUAAAUAAAACCCCAUCUUCGCCGUUCAUAGAAAGAAUUGAAGUUGCAGGAGCCGGAUUUUUAAAUAUAUAUCUUAACAAAGCUUUAGUAGAACAUGUUCUCAACUGUAUCCUAAGGUCAGGUAUCAAACCACCUCCAGUAAAGAGGCAAAAAGUUAUUGUGGAUUUUUCAUCUCCUAAUAUUGCCAAAGAGAUGCAUGUAGGUCACUUGAGAUCUACAAUUAUUGGAGACAGUAUUUGCCGUUUGCUUGAAUUUUUGAACCAUGAUGUUCUAAGGAUAAAUCACUUAGGAGACUGGGGAACACAAUUUGGAAUGUUGAUUGCUCAUUUACAAGAUAAAUUUCCUGAUUUCAAAACAACAUCACCUCCUAUCGCAGAUUUACAAGCUUUUUAUAAAGAAUCAAAAACACGAUUUGAUACAGAGGAGGAAUUCAAGAAACGUGCUUAUCAGUGUGUAGUACAGCUACAAUCCUAUGAUGCAGAUUAUAUAGCUGCUUGGAAACUGAUAUGUGAAGUCUCUCGGAAAGAAUUCCAAAAGAUAUAUGAACGUCUUGAUAUUCAUAUUAUUGACAGAGGUGAGUCCUUCUAUCAUGACAGGAUGCCUGUUGUGAUUCAGCAGUUGAAGGAUGGUGGAUUUUUAGAAGAAGAUAAUGGUCGAUUGAUUAUGUGGGCAAAUCCUGAUAAUAAAGAUGGUUUAAUACCUUUAACUGUGGUGAAAUCUGACGGUGGAUAUACAUAUGAUACAUCAGACUUGGCAACAAUUAAGAACAGAGUAGAAGAAGAAAAAGGUGACAGGUUCAUUUAUGUUGUUGACAAUGGCCAGGCAACCCAUUUUUUGGUAUUGGAUGGCUGUGCCCGUAGGGCUGGUAUUCUGAAAGGAGACCAGAAAAUUGAAUUUGUAGGUUUUGGUGUAGUAUUAGGUGAGGAUAAGAAGAAAUUCAAGACUAGGUCAGGUGAUACAAUUAAAUUGAUUGAGUUACUUGACGAAGGUCUAACACGGUCACUGAAUAAACUAAUUGAGAAAGGGCGAGACAAAAUUUUGACUCCAGAAGAGUUGAAACAGGCUCAAGAAGCAGUUGCGUAUGGAUGCAUUAAAUAUGCAGAUUUAUCUCACAACAGAUUAAAUGAUUAUGUGUUUUCAUUUGAUAAAAUGUUGGAUGAUAAGGGCAACACAGCUGUAUACUUGUUGUACGCAUUAACACGAAUUAGGUCCAUAGCAAGAACUGCACAAAUUUCAGAGGAUCAAUUGAAAGCUGAAUUUGAAAAAACUGGAUUUAAAUUUACACAUGAUACUGAGUGGAAACUAGGUAAAGUUCUUGUUAGGUUUCCUGAAGUUCUACUUAAAGUGGCCAAUGAUCUCUUCUUACACUCUUUGUGCGAGUAUUUGUAUGAAAUUUCAUCAGUUUUUACAGAGUUCUAUGACAAAUGUUAUUGUGUUGAAAAAGAUAAAGAAGGCAAUGUUGUUACUAUAAACUACUCCAGGCUGAUGUUGUGUGACGCCACUGCCAUUGUUAUGGAUAAGUGCUUUGAUAUUUUAGGAAUCAGAUCUGUAUCAAAAAUGUAA